AUGCCAGAACCCAACCCUCUGCAAGCCGUUCCCAAGUCUUACCCAGACCCAGCAGUCUGGUUCCGAAAGCUGGGGAGCCAAGGGUGCUUCCUAGUUCAGGCGGAGGUACCAGAUUGGACAUACAUACAUACUGCAAACGAACAGGGCCAGCCUGCUCUUGCGCAGGGAACGCAUAAACAAAGCUUGCUUCACAUUAGGAGGACGGGCAAAACCGUAAUUACACGGCAUGGAGAAGGGCUGUGGUGGCAGCGCCUCGUGGAAUCGAUUUUUUCAGCUGUCCUGGCUGUCCAAUCGGUGGGAGGGUGA